AUGUAUGCCGCUGUCUCCGUCGUGCCCCUCGACAUAGUGCCGGCCAACGCGGCCGUGGAGGUGGUAAGGCUGAUGUGCAUGUUCGGAGCCGACCUACACAGGGUCAACUCGGAGGGGAUGAACACGCUCCAUUUCCUGAUCAAAAGAUGCAUUUCCGGCGCACAGGGUGACCCCGCCUCCGACGGGUGGUCGCCUACGCGCGCCGGCCUGAACCCCGAAUCGAUGCGAUCGCCCUCCGCAGGCGGAACUACAGGCAGUGAUGAUAGUGAACCGGCAAGCGACGACCUGGAAACAUCAGAUCUGGACCCAGAGCAGUCCGUCGGCUCCCAGGAGUUGUAG